CCGGUCCGAACAUUCGCCUUUCCGAGUCGGCAGCUCGGAUCAUCACUGCUUACCACCAUGCAUGAUUCAAGCACCCAGCUUCCCUUCGAGCUCGUCGAGAUUAUCAUCUCCGAGUUUUGGUUUUCUGAGCACGCUUCAGAGGACCGUAUAUUAUUUAUGACUGCGUGCCCCCUUAUCAGCCGCCUCUGGAGGGACGUAUAUGCAUAUAUUACUUCUCGAGACAUCUACAUUCCAACAGUUCCCUAUCUUCUGUAUCUCAGCUCUGUUAUUCGCUUCAAACGGUCUAAAAUCUACCACCAUUUUCUCCCAGAAUCUACCCUUACCAUGACCUGCUAUGUCGAUCUCACCGAAACAGACAAGGACACCGCCAUGCACCCAUACUCAGUCUUCUGCAGCAUGCCCAGUUAUAUCGGAUUUCGCAAAUGUUUCCCCAACAUGAAACACAUCCACCUCAAAAUCAGUUUUCGCAUUAGAUCUGAUCGGUAUCCCUCCUUAUAUCGUGGCCAACUCAUCCGAACUCGACUUUCCAUCGGGCUCGAUAAAGCGGCGGCACUUAGUAUUUUACCAGUGGAUUGGUGCAUAGCUGCCAGUGAUGCCCCAGAUAUCGAUGAAGUUGAUUUCAACAAUAUUCGCAAUACAUGGGGGGGAUUCCUUAUGGAUAUCACCCACGACAUGAUCCAAUGGCGUUGGGAGUUAGGUAACAUAUAUGGUUGGGGCUCCUGUAGCCCCGCGAUGAGAGGUUCAACAUGUUGUGAGGGGGUUCGUCGUUUCCAAAAUCGCAACUAUUGUCCAGAACGAAAAGGUGACCUAUGGGACAUCAAUUAUCUGUUCUCGAAAGCAGCCAGAAAGCCUAUGAAUUUCAAGACCUUUUUUUCGGGAAUAUAUGAGGAUCUGUAUUGGGGCUUCAAUUCUCACAUUGGGUGCGAGAUCCGCGUGUGGAUAAACAUCUUAGCAGUCGGUCAUGGUGGGCGCUUACAAGACACUAAAACCCGCACCUGGGUGAACCGCAACACUAUGGCCUUAGUAAUAGGAUAACAAACGAAGAGUAUUGUGUCUAUAUUCGUUCAUUUCACAGUAUUCACCUAUAAUUCUAGUAGUGCAUGCCAACACAUUUCAUAUUUUCACCGCCAAAAGGGCACCGUUCCUGCAUA